GUCUGCUUCAUGAAAAAUUUUGAGCUUCUUUUUGAGACGAGAGAUCAGCGGCUGCCUCGCGACCUCUGUCGCGCUUCAUUUCUUGUUUCACGAUAACGUAUAAAUUGUGUUUGUGCUACUUGACUGCAGCCUACGAAUCAGGGUUAAGCAAUAGAUACCGGAGCCGUCUCAAGAACCUGAUUUUUUUUCGGUUAUUCGAAUACUUUCGCAAGAUGCCGUCCGUUGUCGCCAACUUCCGCAAGUCCGGCGUUGCUUUGCAAGUCCUCGUCUUUUGUUCCCAGGAUCAUGCCUCUUCCGCUUUUGCUGUCAGCAUCCCAGCGAAAACAACGAAAACUGCAGUCACUGGUCAAAACGAGAAGACUUCCACAGCCGUCGAGGACCCGGCUUGGAAAGACGAGGUGGCGCGGCUGUUGACCGGCGUGAUUGGGAAUUUGGAAGGAGCUACGACUUCUUCCAAAAACAAAAAGCCCUUCUCCCUCCUCUCCCAGGAUGAAAUCAUGCACGAAUUAACCAAAUCCGCCGAGCAAGAGCUCGACUCCAUCGUCGAUGCGGUAGCGAUAUCCAAUGCAAAAGUACUAAAUGUGGUAGUCGUACUAAUCCAUGUAUGACAGUCAGAUCCCCGUUUUGAUGGAAAGCUGCAUCAUCUUCAUCUUUGAAAAGAUAAUUUGUAUUGCAAUGCGCGAUGCUCAUGUUCUGUUGCUUUUGCAAGGCAUAAUCGAACUUGUCGGAGGAGGACGUUACGGAGGAGGACUACGGUUUUUCGAACGAUGAAGAAUCUGACGGCGACGCGGCGACAACCACAACUUCUGACGCGCAGGACCAGCUGCAAGAAGACGCUUCGACGUCUGAGGACGCGCAAGAAGACGACGAGGAACAGCUGCAAAUGGAAGAGGACGACGGUGAUGAGGACAGCACGGCGUUUCUGUCUUUGACGGGCUCGGAUCAGGAACAGGAUGAAAAUGAGAACGAAAACGAAGAGGAAAACCUGUUGUCCAUGGAGGAUACGUUGAGUUUUAUCUCCGACAAGGAAGAGGACGGCGAACAGGAUGGGAAAAAGUACAUCCCGGAGUCGACCAAGAAGGAGGUCGCGAAAAUCUUGAACGGCAUCAUCGGCCGCCUGUCCAAGCCGCACUAGAUGAAUCGUUGUGAGAAUCAGUAAAAACGCGGGAGGUGGUGAUAGAUGUUGUGAAAGGCUUUGAAUUUUUUUUUUCCCAGUGGUUUCGUUUCUGAAAAUGAUUGUGAUUCAGUUUUGCAGAUCAUGAAAUAUACUUAGGUAUACGACGUCUCUGUCAUCUUUUCCGAAUGAUUGUGAUAGCACCCCCGUAGAAGGAGUUACUAUCGAUCGCCACGCAUUGUAUGUUUUCCGCCGGCGAAAGUGUGUCUGAC